UUUAAACUGAUGAUUUUACAACCUUUUACAAACUCUUAACAUCUAACGGGCAGCAAUAUCACUUUAAGAAAAUUCCAAGGAAAAGACAAUCUUGUUUUAAAAUUCCCACCUCUGGCUCCCGAGGAUUGGGUUACAAACUUCCACAAAAUCCUCUUCUCCACUCCCUAUUGGGUACAAUGUGUAUAACAAUAUGCAAGACUCACAGGAAACCCACAUGUCCAACCACCUAGAUGAAGUUGUGGCUGCUGUCAGCAUCACUGCUAGAAAGAAGGUCCCCAACAAGCUGCCUCAGACAGCUCUAUUCCAGCCUCCUCGAGAGAAACUCCACCUGUGUGAAGAGAGAGUGAAGUCCUACUCCAACAAUCACCAAUAUAAACAAGCUAUCCAGGAGCUUGUGCGUUGUGUAGCAUUGACUAGAAUUUGCUAUGGCAACUCACAUUGGAAACUCUCAGAGGCAUAUGUUAAUUUGGCUAACGGCUACCUCCAACUGAAAGGAUACUCACUGCAAGCAAAGCAGCAUGCAGAAAAAGCCAAGGAAAUCCUCGCUAGCUCCAUUGUGCCUCCCUAUAAUGACAAUACAGAUGUCUUCAAGUGCUCCAUAGAGCUUUUCUAUACCAUGGGGAGAGCCUCACUCUCACUUCAAAAAUUUAAGGAAGCCUCUGAGAAUUUGAUGAAAGCAGAGAGACUUUCCAAGGAGCUGCUACAAUGUGGAAGAAUUAUAAAGGAAGAGUGGACAGAAAUCCAAGCACGGAUCAAAUUGUCCUUUGCACAGGUGUAUCAAGGUCAGAAGAAAUCAAAAGAAGCUUUGCCCCACUUUCAAGAGGCUUUGAAAUAUACUGAGAUCAGCAAAGGUGGAAAAAGUCUUGAAUGUGUACCAGUGUUGAGGGAAUUAGCAGGCGCAGAGCAAGCCCUGGGAUUCCACAAUGCAGCCAUCAGUCAUUUCUCUCAGGCACAUCUCAUCGUCCUGAGUAGAGAUCCCUCCCAAGAGGAAGCUGCAGACUCUGCACACUUUGUUGCCCGUGCUGCUGUUGCUUCUGGGAGGCCUGAGUACCAUGAUGUGGCUGAGCAGUACUUUCAAGAGAGCAUGGCUCAUCUUAAGGAUCAUGAAGGGAAAAGAAGAGCCAAAUUUCUUUUAAUUCAAGAUGACUUCUGCCAUUUUCUACAAACCACGGGACAAAAAGAGAGAGCAACAUUGAUCCUGAAAGAGUCCCUAGAAGCCAAAGUGGGAGCAUUUGGUGAUUUUAGUCCUGAGGUCGCAGAGACAUACCGGUUUCUGAGCAGGGCAGAUCUGGCACAGGGAAACUACAGUGGGGCCCAAAAGAAACUAAAGAAGUGUUUUCAGAUUCAGACCCUCUUAUACGGACCACAGGACAAGAGGACCCUAGCAACCCAGCAGACCAUGGACAGCCUGUCCAAGACCCCUGAGGUUGCCGUGAAACCGAGACAUUCUCUGAAAGCCAAAGUGGCAUUCUGCACCAGUGUCCCUCAGCACUCCUCACUGGGAAAGGCCAGGCCCAGCAUGGAGGACUGAGGCCCCACCCCAACCCCAAAGAAAGCUCUGAGCAGGCCUGGACACUGCCAUUAGGGUGCUGUGCAGACCUCUUUCCAAAUAGAAGAUGGAAUUUAGCAGUCAUUAUCCAGAUGUUCGUGGCUCCUGUUUGCUCCAACGUGGACAAUGGCACCAUAAAUCUCCUGUGGGCCACAUUUUCACAUCGAGUGCCCUUCAGGGUAAUUGGUGCUUUCGUAAUUUUCAUUUUGCCACCUCAAUGGCUUUUCUUGCCAACAAGAAUUUUUACCCAUCAGCAGUACUACAGCCAAAAGCCUUCUCUUCAAAAGUUCAGAGUUUUUUGUAUGGAAAAGUAGACUCAGUAUCUGAUUAUGUAUGUAGCCCCUUGUACAGAUCUAGAGUCAGAUUUGGAACAAUAAGAUUCUGGACAAAGCCCUUUCUUAAAGGAAGGUGAUAGGAACUGAGAAUAAAAUGCUAAUAAAGAGAAACUUGAAAGUUGGUAUAUGUUUUUAAAAUGAAGGCUGGGAGCUGGGGCUAGGGUGCAGUAUAGCCCAGUGGUUGAGUGCUUGCCUAGCCUGCACAAGUCCCUGGGUUCCAUCUUCAGCACCACAAAUAAAAGAAUAAAAUAAACAAAAUGAAAAUGCUCCAGGGGUCCUCGGAGCCUGGAAAGACUCGUGUGCUCAGUUGUUUACUGAAUUUUGCUGAGUACCUCGUAUGUACCUGGGCCUGUGUGAAGAACUAGGGACACAGCAAUAAAUAAGAUACAUAUAGUCCCAUUUUCUGAGCUUGUGACUCAAUGUGGCACUAGAUGCCGAGCAUGAUGGCGGGACUAGUAAAUGAAGCAUGGCAACUAUAACGGAAGAACCAAAGGCAACAGGAUGGGUGGUGACUGGACCUCAUUUGGCCUAGGGUUUGGGGGUGGCAUGUAUAAGAGGGUCAAAAGAAAGGUGGGCAGGACUGAGGCCUGUAGGACUGUGGCAGAGAGGGACAGCAACUCCCAGCUGCUUUGAUUCCUCCUGUGGCCUCUACCCUAGGCAGGACGAACACCUCCUAUUAGAGCUGUAGCCAUGCCUUCAACCUUCCCAGGGAAUGCUGUAGUCAUGUAAGGAUGGCAAGGUGAAGCAGGAAGUUUAAGCCUCUUUCUCCUAGUUGUCAACAAGGAGAAUGUUGCUGAGAUAAGGCCGAUGGAGCUCCAAGGUUAGAGGUUGCUGGCAUGAGCAGUGUCAUCCCUUCCCCCUUCCCCUGUUCCAGUGGCCCAGGCUAGUGAGGUUACAGGCUGAGAUGGCAGCAGGAUUGCAGUGUGGUGCCUUCCCCUCCAACCCCCAGCAGAAACACCAACCACAGCAAGUCCAUUUGCGCAGGCAACACCUGCAGAGCUGAAGGGAGAACUAUACUAAGAAGAACCAUGGCAGGGUAGAGAGAGGGUUCCUUAACUUCCUCAUGAGUGUGAGGGUUAAGCAUGCAGGUACUCCCGGCUCAUACCCACCAUCCCAGACCCAGGCCUGCGGAUGAAAGAAAGGAACAAAAAGAUGUGAGCUGUGCUUACCGCUCCCCACAUGUCCUAUGUAGUCAAAGACAUGGGUUUCAGUGUUCAAAAUAAAACAUUUUAAAUAUAUACCACUAUGUAUGGAUCGGUUGUGUCCCCUCCCCCAAAAAUUCAAUUUUUGAAGCCCUUAAUCUCCAGUGUGAUGGUAUUUGGAGGUGGGAACCUUUAAGAGGUAAUUAGGUCAUGAGGGUGGAGCCCUGGUGAAUGGGAUUGUGUUCUUGUAAGAAAAGACCCGAGAGAUGUCUCUACCACGUG